AUGCCAAAGACGGUUUUUCUUUCAGGAGCAACUGGGUACAUCGCCCAGCACGUCUUGAAGCAACUACUCGAGAAAGGGUACCGUGUAAUUGGGUCGGUGAGGUCGGAAGCUAAAGGAGAAAACUUGAAGCAGCUUACAAAACAAUCGCCCAAUUUCAGUUAUGUCGUGAUCCCAAACAUUGCCGAUCCCGGCGCCUUUGACAAACCGUUACAGGACCACCCGGAAAUCAGUGUUUUCCUCCAUACUGCAUCACCCGUUGACUUUGAUCUCGAAGCCAAGGAUUUCGAAGCAAAAGUGUUGAAGCCAGCAAUCGACGGCACAAAGAGCGUGUUGUCUGCAAUCAAGAGCUAUGGUAAGAACAUCGAGCACUUGGUGGUGACCUCGUCGGUUAUUUCCGUCAUCAACAUUACUGGCACGGGUCCACCGACGCGGGAAUAUAACGAAGAGUCAUGGAACCCCAUUACCUGGGAGGAGAGUUUCAAGGACUCGUACGCGGCGUAUGGCGGCGCAAAGACUUUUGCGGAGCGUGAAGUGUGGAACUUUGUCGAUGCCGAACAGCCCAGCUUCACAGUGACAACCAUCCAGCCAACAUAUGUCUGUGGACCACAGGCUUUUGAGGUGAAGAAUAAACUCGCGUUGAAUUUCUCCGCGGAAAUCGUCAAUAAGCUUUUGAGGUUGAAGGCUGGUGAUGAGAUCCCCGAGUUUUACGGGGAUUAUAUCGACGUCAGAGACACUGCAAAAGCCCACAUUUUUGCCUUUGAAAAUUCAGAACGUGCAAACGGACACAGAUUGAUUCUUCAAGAUUGCUUGUUCUCUAAUGAAUUGCUUGUUGACCUUAUCAAUAAAAACUUCCCACUGUUAAAUUUGCCAAAAGCCGAUUUGGCCAAAGGUGAAAAAUAUGUCGAGGAAAAAGCAUUGAGACUUGACGUCAGCAAGACGAGAAAGAUCUUGGAUUUCGAUUUCAUCCCUUUGGAGCAAAGUAUUAUUGACUCUGUCCAGCAAGUUCUUGACACUCCGGAUGCUUGA